AGAAGAAGGAAGAGUAAUGGUAGAGGAAUUCCAACCUCAACAAAGAAUCGUAUGGAGCAACGCGGAGAGAAGAUGCUUACACUUUCUUCAAAGCAAGACAACACUUUCUUCAAAGCAAGACAACACUUUCUUCAAAGCAAGACAAAGAGCGUUAUCACUCUUCAAAUCCAUGUAUUCAUGCUCCGACACUCUUUCCACGACAACCUCAACCUCCUCACUGCUUUCAUCACCACAUGCGCCUCCCUUGCCGCCAUCUCUCCUACGCGCCAUCACCCGCUCGUACAACUCGCGCGCAGCUUAUUCGACCUCGUCCGCACCCACGACACCUUCCUCUGCAACUCCAUGAUCGCUACUCACUUCGCGGGUCGCCAGUUUUCCGAGCCCUUUACUCUCUUCCGAGACCUUCGCCGCAAAACACCGCCUUUUACGCCUGAUGUGUACACCUUCACCGCGCUCGUGAAGGGUUGCUCGGCUCGUGUGGCCAGGCGCGAGGGUCCGCAGCUUCACGGGUUGGUUUUAAGAAACGGGCUUUGCUUUGAUUUGUACGUGUCUACUGCUUUGGUGGAUAUGUACGUGAAGUUUGGGAUUUUAGAUAGUGCCAAGAAAGUGUUUGAUGAAAUGUCUGUAAAAAGCAGGGUUUCGUGGACCGCAGUUAUUGUGGGGUAUGCGAGGUGUGGGGAUAUGGGUGAGGCUAGGAGGCUUUUCGAUGAGAUGGAAGAUCAGGACGUUAUUACUUUCAAAGCAAUGAUUGAUGGGUAUGUAAAGAAGGGAUGUAUGGAUUUGGCGAGGGAGUUGUUUGAUGAGAUGGAGGAGAGGAACGUGGUUUCUUGGACUAGUAUGAUUUCUGGGUAUUGUGGUAAUGGUGAUGUUGAAAAUGCUAGGUUGAUGUUUGACGUUAUGUCGAAUAAGAAUUUGUUCACUUGGAAUGCCAUGAUUGGAGGCUAUUGCCAGAAUAGAAGGCCUCGUGAAGCGUUGGAGUUGUUUAGUGAGAUGCAGAGGUUGGUGGAGCCAAAUGAUGUAAUUGUUCUGUGUGUUCUUCCCGCUGUGGCUGAUUUGGGUGCUUUGGAUUUGGGGGGUUGGAUUCACAGGUUUGCCCAAAGGAAGAAGUUUGAUAGGACUGCUCGUGUUUGGACUGCUUUGAUUGAUAUGUAUGCAAAAUGUGGAGAAAUUAUGAAAGCGAAAUUGGUUUUUGAGGAGAUGAAUGAGAGGGAAACGGCUUCGUGGAAUGCUUUGAUAAAUGGCUUUGCAGUCAAUGGCUGUGCCAAGGAAGCAUUGGAGGUGUUUGCAAGGAUGAUGGAAGAAGGGUUUGGACCAAAUGAGGUAACUAUGAUUAGUGUACUAUCUGCAUGCAACCAUUGUGGUUUGGUGGAGGAAGGAAGAAUAUGGUUCAAAGAAAUGGAGAGAUUUGGAAUUGUGCCUGAGAUUGAGCAUUAUGGUUGUGUGGUUGAACUUCUAGGAAGAGCUGGAUGCUUGGAUGAGGCUGAAAAAUUAAUUCAAACCAUGCCUUAUGAUGCUAACGGGAUAAUACUGAGUUCUUUUCUCUUUGCUUGUGUUUACUUCAAUGAUGUAUCGAGGGCAGAGAAAGUUCUUAAAGAGGUGGUGAAAAUGGAGGAGGAUGUUGCGGGAAACUAUGUGAUGUUGAGAAACAUGUAUGCUACGGAGCAAAGGUGGAGAGAUGUGGAGGGUGUUAAACAAGUGAAGAAGAAAAGAGGAACAAGUAAAGAGGUUGCUUGUAGUGUUAUUGAGGUGGAUGUAAGCUUUAGAGAGUUUGUGGCUGGUGAUUACUGACAUUCACAUUUGGAGGCUAUUCCGUUAACCUUGGCGCAGUUAAGCAAGCACAUGAAAGUUGAAAUAGUCUGUUGACAAUGGAAACACAGAAAGCUGAAAGGAGAGGUCAAAAGGAAGUAAAUGAAAACUGAAAGAGACACAAUAUGUGUAUUUCUGUCCUUUCAUAAUUUGUUCUCCAUUUAGAAUCAGGCUGCUGACUCAAGUAAAUGGUGUUCUGCAAGGAAUUACUGAAGACAACCCGAAAGAUAUUAGGGAAACUUAUUAUAUAAAGGGUUUAA